CCCUCCGACCAGCAGGCGGCGCUGCAGCCGCAGGAACUGCAUCCCCCUCCUCAGGCUGUUGAUCACCGGCGCUGUGUUCAUUUGAAACUCGGCAAUUUAUCCGCGUUUUUGGUUCGGAUUUCGGAGGAGCCUCACCGCCACACACAAAAUGACUCGAGUGUUCUGUUAUGGCCACUGCUGAGCGGGUCAGGCUGCGGAGACACAGUCACCACAUCAGACCCGAUGGCUUCAUACGCACGCGCCUCUCUACUGACAAGAACAUGAAGCAGGUGGAAUUAAUUCAUCAGAAGGAUUUAGAUAAGGACAGGUUUCAGGUGCAUCGCAGAGUUCAGAAUCCAGGAAAAGCGAAGCAGCCGCCAUCCUACAAGAGGAGGAGCUGUGCGUCGGUGGAGACUGGCGUGAAGCUGCAGCGCCGCUCGUCCGAUGCCGGCCGGUCCCGUGAGCCCGGAAUGGCCAACAGAGAAAAAGAGAAUGAGCUAACCUGCCCUGAUGGCGUGCGAGGCCCUCGUUGCUACAACAACGGCGGGCCGUGGGUCAAUGCUGAGGCCUCCAGGAUGCCGGGGGCCAGCUCCAAGUGCAGCGACUUCACUGAGCUUUCCAAGGACCACGAAGCCAUGACUCGCAUCCUGUUUGGGCGGGAUCUUCGGCUCAAAGUCGCCAUGACGCUGUGGCGAAGGAGCGCCUGUGAACUCGUGGCCUACCUGACCAGAUUACAAGACACCAGCCUGCUGGUGGACUGUUUACCCAUCUUAACCAAUAACCUUCAGUCUGAAGCCUCCUGUCUGUCUCUGGGCUGCUGCGUGGACCUCCUGCCUCAAGUGAAAGUCCUCCUGCUCAGUAGAUAUGAAGAGCACAUCGUGGUGGGCUUACGCUGGCUGCAGGCCGUCAUCAAGAAGUGGUGGGCGGAGCUUUCUGAGAAAGAGAAGAGGCUGCAGGACAGCUGCUCUGAGCACAGGAAUGUUGAGGUCAUGCGGAUGCGCCUGAAGGAUCUGUGGAAGGAGGGAACUCGGUUAUGUUCCCUCCCAGGAUCAUCAGGAGAACUGGCAAAGGCCAUCGCGGCUCAUCUCUCCCAGCUGCCCUGACUCUGCAGCUCUGAGGACCAGACCACUGCUGCCUGACACCGUCAUGUCACCGCACACUGGGACUGGUUCAUCCUCUCACACUGGAAUGUCUUAACUGGACUGAAGCUGACAGUUCAGACCUCCUUCCUCAGUUAGAGCUGAAGACUCCUAUGGAGGCCUGCGAGGCUCUUCCUGCACAGCAAGUGACUGCUUCACAUUGAAGUGGACUGUUGUCUCAUGAAGGGUCUUCUUGGGUUGACUCCAUGAGAUGGGGCGACGUGUCGCUCUAAGAAGUGCCAAGGUCUUUGUCCUGGACUACACUGCUUCCAUUCAGAUCCUCCACGAUUAAGAUGGAUCUGCGAGUCUUUAAGUUAUUGUUUUUGUUAGCUUGUGCUCUCUGCAUCCUGUCUCUUCAUUUGACUGUGCUUUGUAAAAUGUCAAAAUAAGAGAUUCUUUUAAGCUUUUUAAAUAAAUUUCAUAAAAACAAACA